AUGGCGGCACCAAAACGGAAACAAGAUAACUACCCCGUGGCCAGUAAGAAGCCUAAAUACGGGAAAGAAUUUACAAAAAAUAACUCUAAAGAUGGUGAAACUAAGAAGAGCAAAAAGGAACUUGCUGCUGCGCCAAAAUCAAAGCCGGUAUUAAACGUGGAGUCCGAUAGCGACGAAUUGGACGAUGACGAUGCGCUCGUGGGCAUCAAGGAUGACGGGAGUGGGGCAGAGGAAGAAGAUGAGGAAGGUGACGAGGAAGGUGACAAAAUGAACACUGAAGGGAAAGUAGACGGGAGCGCCGAGGCUGGAACUGGAUCUUCAAAAUCCAAAGAAGCGCAUGCAGAGCAGAAACGUCUUGCAGCAGAACGAAAGCAAGCAAAGCCACUUGGAAACAUCCUCAUCAGAGGGAAAAAAAUAUGGGAACAGAUUAGAAGACGACAAUUGCCUGCUGCCGAGCGAAAGGGGCUCAUUGAAGAGUUGUCAAAACUAAUCAAAGGAAACGUUAAAGAGCUGGUCUUCAAGCACGAUGCAUCCCGGAUUGUACAGACCGCAUUGAAAUACGGUGACAAAAAGACAAAGGAAAAUAUCACACUUGAGCUGAAAGGGACAUAUGUCGCUUUGGCGCAAAGCAGCUACGGAAAAUACAUGGUUGUUAAGCUCAUGCAUUACGGUUCCCCCGAAAUGAAGAAAAUGGUUGUAGAAGAGUUCUACGGAAGCGUGCGAAAGUUGAUCAAACAUCGUGAAGCAUCUUUUGUCAUCGAAGAUUGCUUCCGGGAAUAUGCCACCCCAGCACAAAAAGCAAUGCUUCUCCGCGAGUUUUAUGGCGUUGAAUUUGCUAUUUUCAAAGACGAAAAAGAUGCUACGACAUCAUUGAAGGAUAUUCUUGAGAAAAUGCCUGAUAAGAGGGCCAUCAUUAUGAAGUCUCUAUUUGACCUUAUCUCUGGCGUGGUAGAGAAGGGCGCUGUGUUUUUCACAAUCGUUCAUAAAGCCAUGUUGGAGUAUAUUUCCAACGCUAAGAUUGGUACCCCAGAAGUAACCGAGUUCAUUGAGCUAGUAAAGGAACACGUACAUGAUAUUGCCUUUACAAAAGAUGGCACUCAGGUUGUUAUGCGAUGUUUAGCGCUGGGAACUGCAAAGGACCGAAAAGUGAUGAUAAAACAACUCAAACCAGUCACUGUGCAACUUGCUACAAGCGAAGUAGCUUUCCUUGUCCUUGUAGCAGUAUUCGAAACUGUGGACGAUACUGUCCUUGUGGCCAAGUCCCUACUGCCUGAGUUCCAGUCAAACUUCAAUAAUCUUGCAAUUGACAAGUUCGGUCGGAUCGCCGUUCUAUAUCCUUUUGCCGGACGCAAACCUAGACUUCUCCCGCCCUCAGCACUUCCUCUCCUCAAAGAGAUUGACGAGCUUCGCCAGACGACCAGUAAGAAAGACCCAGAAACGCGCCAGUCCGAACUAAGGAACCAUUUUUCCCCUGUUCUGAUAGAGGGCAUUACCGGGAACGCCGAAGAUUUGUGUGCAAACUCGUUUGGGUGUCAAUUUAUCAUUGAGGUUCUUUUGGGCGCCACUGGUGAUAAAGCCUCAACGCUAGAAAGAGUUGCUGAACAAGCAGCAGGCGAUCCAACCUCUGAAGGCCAUAUUGUAGGCACGGCUUUUGGUGGUAGAAUGCUAAAGACUCUUGUAGCAGGUGGUCACUACAAUCCUAAAGAAAAGAAGGUUGAAGUUGUCACGCCACCAAUUAAUUUCCACAAUCUUCUUUACCCCAAAAUCAAGCCUCAUCUUCUUUCCUGGGCAACGGGAGCAGGGUCGUUCAUUGUGGUUGGAUUGCUUGAAACAGAAGGCUUUGAGCACGGAUCUGAUCUGCGCAAGGAGCUGAAAGAGAAGAAGUCAAUGGCGAGGCUGAAGUCUGCAGUUGAGGAUGGAAACAAAGGAUCUAGUGUGAUCCUUGAGGCCCUCGAGUAA